AACUGCAGAUCAGCUGCCAUGACCACUUCAAGGGUUCUCUCCCACCUCACUGUGCCACCGCAUACUGUAACACAAGUCAUUGAGGAGCACAACAAAGACAACCUAAGUGUUCGUCAAUCCCGUCCGCCUCAUCAGCUUAAUAUGAAUAACAGCAACAACAAUGAAGAAAAGAAGGAGGGGGAGGAAAAGGAAAAGGAAAAGGAGAAGGAAAAGGAGAAGGAAAAGGAGAAGGAGAAGGAAAGAAAAGAGAAAGAGAAAGAGAAAGAGAAAGACAAGCAAGAGGAUAAGGAAAGUAAGUGACUUUGUCAGCCUAAAGAGUUAUUUGUCAUUAAUCCUGCUGGGAGUUUGUAUUACGACUGGCUCUUCAUCAUCACACUACCAGUCAUGUACAACUGGACCAUGAUCAUAGCCAGGGCCUGCUUUGAGGAGCUGCAGCACAACUACAUCAUUUACUGGGUCCUUCUGGACUACACCUCAGACAUCAUCUACCUGGCUGACAUGUUUGUCAGGACAAGAACAGGUUACCUCGAGCAAGGCUUGAUGGUGAAAGAUGAGAAGUUGCUCAAGGAUCGCUACAUAACCAGCUUUCAAUUUCGUCUGGAUGCUGUCUCCAUGCUGCCCACUGACAUCCUCUAUUUGUACUAUGGCCUUGAUUACCCAGAGAUUCGAAUCAAUAGGCUUCUCAGAAUUGGUCGCAUGUUGGAAUUCUUCACAAAGACAGAGACUAAAACCAUACCAAACAUCUUCCGUAUUGGAAACUUGAUCAUGUACAUCCUCAUUAUCAUCCAUUGGAAUGCCUGUUUCUACUUCUCUUUCUCUAAAUCCAUGGUUUUCGGUUCAGACGACUGGGUCUACCCGGCUUUGGAUGAUCCUGAGGAGCCUGCAUUUGGGCAGCCCAUGAGGAAGUAUGCGUUCAGCCUCUACUGGUCCACACUGACAUUGACAACCAUUGGAGAAACUCCACCACCAGCUCUGGACUCUGAAUUUUUAUUUCAUGUGGUUGACUUUUUGGUUGGUGUUCUAAUCUUUGCAACCAUUGUGGGAAACAUUGCCACCAUGAUCUCAAAUAUGAAUGCUGCCCAAGCUCAGUUCCAGUCCCGGAUUGAUAACAUCAAGCAGUAUAUGCAGGUCCGAAAGGUCAGCAAGGAACUCGAGUUGCGAGUCAUUAAGUGGUUUGACUAUCUGUGGAAUAACGGUAAGGCACAGGAUGAAAGAGAGGUGCUGAGGUAUCUCCCAGAUAAACUGAAGGCUGAAAUUGCCAUUCAAGUCCACAUGGACACCCUGAAGAAGGUCCGGAUUUUUGCAGAUUGUGAAGCAGGUCUCCUAAUCGAGCUGGUGCUCAAGCUGAGACCUCAGGUAUUCAGCCCCGGAGACUAUAUAUGCAAAAAGGGCGAUAUAGGUCGUGAGAUGUACAUCAUUAAAGAUGGAAAACUGGCUGUCGUUGCUGAUGAUGGAGUCACACAGUUUGUUGUGCUUGGAAGUGGAAGCUACUUUGGUGAGAUUAGUAUCCUUAAUAUUAAAGGCAGCAAAGCUGGCAACCGGCGAACUGCUAACAUCCGCAGCAUUGGAUACUCAGAUCUCUUCUGCCUGUCCAAAGAUGACUUGAUGGAGUCACUGACAGAGUAUCCAGAUGCCAAAGGGAUGCUGGAAGACAAAGGCCGGCAGAUCCUGAUGAAAGAUGGUCUUAUCGACUUGGACCCAGCUAACAUCAUGCCUGAGGCCAAGGAGCUAGAGGAGAAGGUAAACAAAUUGUAUGGCACAAUGGAGCUGAUGCAGACCAAGCUGAAAAAGAUUCUGGGAAAUCACAAGAACAUUGACGAGGCUCUCAGACAUCGCAUCGCAGGUCUGGAGCACCUGACAGGAGAGGAGGCAGGGGAUGAAGAUGAGGAUGAAGAAGAGGUGAAAAAGGAAGAGAAGGAGGUUGAAGGGGAGAGAAAGGAAGAUUAAAUAUUGGAUGAAAGGAAUGGUAAUGGGUAGAAAAAGGAAGGUGAGACAAAAGGCAAAGCAACAAAGGAUGAAGAAGGGACAGCUAAUGAUGAAAAAUCAGAGAAAGUGGAUUAGGGAAAUACUGAGGCAAAAGAAAAAUAGAUGCAUUGUUUCUUUAAAACACAAAGACAGUUUCAGAUAUGCCACAUUAGAGUCUCCUUUUGUGACUGGACUGGCCUCUUAAUUUAACACCAACUUGAACUUGGCUUCAAAAGGUACUACUGCCAUUGUUGGUGUGUUGACAGUAUUGGUAUUUGAUUGGAAUAAAAGUUAUGGUUCAGUGGC